AUGGUCAACUACAAAAAUUGGAUUGGAGAAAUCAACGACGAUACCAAGAUUUCAAAAUUGUCAAUUCCUGGUACCCACAAUUCUGCAGCUUGUCACACAGCCUUGCCCUCAGUGCAAUGUCAAGGUGCCAGCGUUACUGAGCAAUUGGACCAUGGUGUUAGAUUUCUUGACAUUAGAGUGGGUAAAUUGUUUGUUGGGGAUAACAAGAAGGACUUGCAGGUGAUUCAUGGAAAAUUCCCCGUCAAGAUUCCCUUUCCCUUGAAAUUGACUGAUGUAUUGGAAGAGGUUUAUAAAUUUCUUGAACACAACAAAAGCGAAACUGUCAUUGUUUCACUCAAGCAAGAAGGCUCUGAUGAUUGGGAUAACCAACAGGAUGAAUUUGGAAAAUUAAUUUGGGACAAAUAUGUCAAUCCAAACAAGAAUAGAUGGUAUUUGAAUACUGAUAUUCCAAGAGUUAGAGACACUCGUGGUAAAGCAUUGUUGUUUAGGAGAUUUGGUGUUCAGGAUGAAAACUUGAGACGUCAAUUUGGUUUUGGUGCAUCUUCAUGGUCAUACAACACCACUAAUGAUGAUCGUGGUUCUUUUGUAGUGCAAGACUUUUGUGAAGUGCAAUCUGCUGACGAUUUGCCAAAGAAAAUCCAAUAUGUCAAAGACUUGGCCAAAAGAGCACAAGACUACACAAAUAGCCACGAUGAUAAGUUGUUUCUCAACUUCACUUCUGGCUCAAAUUUCUUUGAUCAGAAUUGUUGGCCACAACCUAUUUCUGAAGCUAUGAUCAAAGGUAACAUUCAAGAAACUUUCCACAAGGGUGUGGGAAUUAUUGUUUUGGACUAUGCAGAGGCUGAUAACUGGAAAUUAGUAAAAGAAUUGGUGGACACUAACUUUAAAUAA